AUGACGAAACCACGACACCAAAUAGAAUCUGACCGAGCACCAGAAAUCGCACCCAAUGAUGUAUCACCAGCCAGCCAGGAGGCUAAAGACAAGUCAGAAAAUGAGGAGCAACUUUUGACAGGCUUGAGGCUUGUAUUGGUUAUUGUAGCACUUCUUUGUGCUAUGUUCCUCGUUGCUUUGGAUCGAACUAUUAUCGCGACAGCCGUACCCAAAAUCUCCGAUGAGUUCCAUGCUAUUGGAGAUAUUGCCUGGUAUGCCAGUGCCUACCUUUUGACGAGCAGUGCAACUCAACUUCUCUGGGGUCGCGUCUACACCUUCUAUUCGACCAAAAUCAUAUUCCUCACGGCGGUAGUCGUCUUUGAGGUCGGAUCCGCAGUAUGCGGCGCUGCUCCCAACUCCACAGCCUUUAUCAUCGGACGUGCGAUUGCGGGAAUUGGCUCUGCCGGUAUAUUUAAUGGGUCGACUGUGAUCAUUACACAAAUUUUGCCUUUGCAUAAACGGCCAAUGUUUGUUGGGCUUAUGGGCUCAACCUUUGGAAUAUCUUCAAUUGUCGGGCCACUUCUCGGAGGUGCCUUCACAGACCGAGUAACUUGGCGAUGGUGCUUCUACAUAAAUCUCCCAAUCGGCGGUCUGACUUUAGUCGUCGCAGCCAUUUUCCUUCACGCUCCAAAUGUCACUACAAAUGCCAGUCUAAAACGCCAAAUUAUUCGACUUGACCCUCUAGGUACAGCUUUGUUCUUACCUGGCGUUAUCUGCCUUCUUCUGGCUCUCCAAUGGGGUGGAACUACCUAUGAAUGGAACAACGCCCGCAUCAUCGUCCUUUUCAUCCUUGCAGGUGUACUCCUAAUCGCUUUUGCGGGUGUCCAAGUCUGGCGACAAGAGGAUGCGACAAUCCCACCACGAAUCAUCAAGCAGCGGAGUGUGGCAUCCGGCGCAAUCUAUACAUCAUGUGUCUCCGGUGCCAUGAUCACCAUGCUUUACGCACUUCCCUUAUGGUUCCAAGGUGUGAAGGACACAACUGCUGUGCAAUCAGGCAUAGACAAUAUCCCAAUGGUACUUGCACUCGUUGUAGCCAGUAUCCUAUCCGGGGCAGCAAUCAACAAUACCGGACACUACGUCCCGUUCAUGUUCAUUGCAACCAUUUUAAUGGCAACAGGCGCGGGCCUAAUCACCACAUUCAAAUUGGAUACAAACCAUGCGGCUUGGAUCGGAUACCAGGUUCUUUUUGGCCUAGGUCUGGGCUCGGGUAUGCAACAGCCGACGAUGGCCGCACAGACCGUCCUCGAUAAAGCGGAUGUGUCGAUCGGCGUCGCGGUCAUGUUCCUGUUCCAGUCGCUGGGUGGCGCAAUUUGGGUGGCUGUCAGCCAGAAUAUGUAUACGAACUAUUUGACGAGUAGAUUGCCAGCCAUCUCUGGUAUUGACUCGAGUUCCAUCCUUGGCGCUGGGGCAACGGGACUAGCGAGUCUCGUACCGGCUGACAAGCUGCACGCUGUUUUGGUUGUGUAUAACGCGGCUCUUCAUCGGGCGUUUAUUUUGCCGGUAGCGCUUUCGUGCGCGAUGAUCUUGCCGGCACUGGGAAUGGAGUGGCGCAAUGUCAAGGUGGAAAGUGAAAAGCGAGAAAAGGAGAAGGCUGGCACUGAUAACGUGCUUCAGGAGCCGAAGGUUGGAGCCCUUGAGGCUUAG